CGCACUUCUUUACGCACAAUGCGCGUAUAAGUGUGUAAAUUGAGUUCACACUACACUAAGCCUGACUUAUGUCAAAUAUCAUUUUUUUUCUCACAUUGGUUGCAUGGAAGAGAUCGCUCGAAAGCGAUAAGGCCGUUGCCCUCCUUUUCAUUUAAUUAUAUCAACUGUAUUAUAGUUCUGUAUGCAACGAAGUGUUAGUAAAUAUUGAUGAUGAUUAGAGAUCUAUUAUACAACGUCAUUGUAUCAGUUUGAUUCUGAAAUCAUUCGUAAAUAAAUAAAAAUCUUCUAAAAUAUCUAGACGUUAUGAAUACUCUACAAACAUGGAAUGUCAUAGAUGUCAAUACAUCCAGACGUAUUGGUGUUUAAUGUCUUUUAAUAAUCCUGCUUUAAUAGCUGUACCAGACUUUGUAGCAUGGGGCAAAGUUAUGAUCCCUUUAUUCAUGUUAUGAUCCAUUUAUUGAAUUAAUAUUAAUUAAGAAAAAAUUGGUUUAGUAUUUGACGGCUUUAAUUAAUUAUGUAAGCACUAACAAAUUCCUACGUAGUAUAACAUUUACAAAUAUUUAUUUUACAAAUUAAAUUGUAAUGUCAGUAAACAAUGACUACAUUAUGAAUCAAAAGCCCUCAUUCGCUAGUUAGAUCUGCUUCGUUAUACUUGUACAAUGUGUAAAUUUUCAUAUGUUAUAUAUAUAUAUUUUAUAUGCUUGACAUAUAAAAUACACGCAAAUCCACAGCCCUACUUAAAGAUGAGUAUUGGCCAGCAUCAAGUCAUACAAAAUGGUUACGACGACUAUGGACUGCAAAACAGGAACCCCGGUUACAUAUCUGGUCAGGUCAGGCCUGGCGAAGCAGUCUCCAUUGGCAAUGGCCGUCGCCAUACCAACGUCGUCGCUAUAAAUUCCGCUGGUGACUCAGACUACUACGUCGGUAACACUGAUGGAGGAGUUAACACCAAUAAUGGAUACGAUCAAGGAUACCCCACCGAAAAAGGUCAAGGUCAAAGCGGAAUCAUUGCUAACAAAAGACCUGAUGGUCAAGACGAUGUCCUCUUGUGGAAUGCCAAUGGCAAGAAGCAGAGUUCAAUAGCAGUCAAUAAUGAUGGAACUCAGUUAUAUUCAGGUACUCAAAAUGGCUACGCCUCCCAAGGAACAAAUCAAAAUGUAAUUGGCCAGGAUCAAGUCAUACAAAAUGGUUACGACGGCUAUGGACAGCAAAACAGGAACCCCGGUUACAUAUCUGGUCAGGUCAGGCCUGGCGAAACAGUCUCCAUUGGCAAUGGCCGUGGCCGUACCAACGUCGUCGCUAUAAAUUCCGCUGGUGACUCAGACCACUACGUUGGUUACACUGAUGGAGGAGUUAACACCAAUACUGGAUACGAUCAAGGAUACCCCACCAAAAAAGAUUCGGGUGCAACGUCCUCUUCCAAUCCUAGGAUUUUACUAAGUUCAUUGGUGGCUGGGAUCGCGAGUAUUCUAUUAAGAAUGCUAUAAGAGAAAUCUCAUUUGAAGUAAUAAUAAAUCAGCUUUUUCCUUCCUAUCUUUCUAUUUAACUUAAGUACUGUGUUUAUAACUAAGGAAAAACUAGACUAUGCUAACAAAUAUUAUUUUUAUGUAGAUUUAUAAUAAAGCUGUGUAAAAAGUUGGUACAAAAUUUUACUAUAAUAAAAAAUACAAAACUGUAA